ACCAUCCAUCUUUAGGUUCUUCGUCAAUCUUCUCAUUAAAAUUUCUGAUUUCACUCUCUCGAAUCAUGUCCAGGUCAUCACCUUCCACCGUCUCCUUCUGUGCCACCACCAACAUCAUGCUCGCCAUUGUCAAGAAGAAGACGUCUUCAAUUGACCUCUAGCAUCCCUUGCGCAACUUCAUUUCCCUCACUUACUUUGAGCAUGAAGUGAUCAAUCUCGAGGAUGAUCUCCUCAUGCUAAAACAACUCGCUCCCACAUCCAGCGCGUAUUGGACCCCACGCUCUCCAUGCGCCACAAUCUCCAUAAAUUACUUCAAGGCCUUCUGCCUCGUGGAGACGCUCUUUCCUAUCUCCCCUGACAAGGACCACAUCAAUACGAUUACGUUUUUGUGGUGUGAUGCGUUUAAGACCAAGCAGAAGGCCAGUCAACAGAACAUUCAUCUAGAGAAGGCGGCAGUGCUGUUUAAAUUGGGGCAGAUUGGGUUGUUGUUUGAUCGCGCCACCGUGGAGGGGCGGCAGGAGGCAUCGCACACGUUCAUUGCGGUGGCCGGAGCGUUUGCUUAUUUGAGAGAUAAUGCGUCCACGAAGGUGAGUAAGGGGAGCUCCACGACGGUGGAUGUCAGCCUCAAGGGUGCCGGAAUGUUGGAGAAGUUGAUGCUGGCCCAAACUCAAGAGUCUGUGUUUGAGAAUACGAUUGCUAAAAGGAGUACGCGUGGUGUUUGCGCUAAAAUUUCUAGACAUUGUUCGUCGCCGACAUCUCUGGCAUUUUUCUUGUUGAGUGCGCUUUAAUAUACUUGGAUCCCGAUUCAAGUCGUGCUGUUGUUGGAUGGGCUGCAAAAACUUUUUCAACAGCAGUGUUUUUCUUAUAUGAGCAGGUUAUAUGCCUUUUCAAAAGUGGAAGCUGAUUUUUGUAGUUUCAUCUUCUUUAUUAACGUCCUUCACAGUUUUUUUCCUUUAUAAAUUUAUGAUGUUUUUAGGUUUAAUUUAUCUUAGAGUAUAACUAUACGUGUAAUAUGUUUUGUUGUGGUUCUUCAACAGAUCCUCCCAGAUGAUGCUUUUGUGCAGCAAAUGAUCAAAUUUUUGUAGUUGUUUGAUGCUGAUGCUUAAUAAGAAUCAAAUUUGUUAUUGUUGAUUUCUUGUGUGUACUCUUAUUUUUAUAAUUCUAUUUGAUGCUCCAGAGUGCUGUUGCCUGGGACAUGCUGAAAGUUUAUAGCAAUUUUGUUGAUGUUCAAGAGAGACAAAGGAGGCCUGGGGCCUUGUAUGUGCGUGUACCACUGCUACUUUUAAAGAUUCUGUCUUUACUGGAUAGGAGAAUCCAUGGGCUGUGUUGUUAGGAAGUCUUCUUUUUAUGGUUCUGCUGAAUUAUAUAUAGGAUAUAAAGUGUAGUAAUUUCCCUCACUUUUUUUCUAUAUGCUUUUUGUUGGGAAGCUUGCCAAUUUUUCUGAAAUAUUCUAGGAAGAAUUUCAUCUGUGAUUUCUGGUUUUUAGGAUUGAACGGCUAGAAUUGUUUGAUGAAUUUGAGGAGUGGCAUAUGAUGCAGGCAAGUAAGAAUCUUUCAUUCCUGUUUUGAAACUCAACCAAUAUUGCUCUUAGUUAAUAACAUGAUCUGAUUUCGUCAUUUGUGGGCCUGCACCAAAUAGAGUUGCCUAAAUGUCCUGCUUGGAACUUGGGAGGCUGGCUCACUGUUCAUAUGGACUAUGGAAUAGUGGUUGCAUUUCCAUACAAGCUCUUUUAAUUUAUAGAUCUAUCAAUGAUGCCAUGGUAAGUCCAUUGCCAUAAAAUAAAAUUUUAGGUAUUGGCUAAAGGAAUAUAAACAAUCUUCCCUGCGGCAUACGUCAUUUCAUUUGUCUGAUCCACUUGUAAAAGCUCUUUAGCUUUAAUUUUAGCUAUUUUAUUUAGUGGGAUUAAUACAAAUGUUAGCUUUCACCUGAAAUAAAGUACCCUGAACAUCUAAUAGCUGAAAUUAUUGAAGCAUACACCAUUUCGUUUGUCAUAAAAUUGUAUGUUUACAAAGAGUUUACAUGUCAAAAUUGUCACAGUUCAUAAUAUGAACUGCAAUUUUGUAAACUGCAAGAUCAGAAAGAUUAUUCAAGAUCUCGGGUUCUCAAAUUCCCAUAACCUUUUGUAAAUUAGAAAUGAACUCUCCACUCAUCUCCACUUCCGCUUUGUGACAAUCAAUUUGCUCUUACAUGAUUGUCAAUUAAGUAUUUUAUACUUGCACUCAAUAUAUUGACAUUGAUCUAUAUUUCAUUCAUAAAUUGGUUGCUCGUGGGGCUCUUUAACAUUUUCCUAUGAUCUCUUAGCUUGUUGAUAUAUUUACCAAAGGAUUGUCUUGUGAGUGCUUUCUCUUCUUAUGUCUUCAAUUGCAACUCCAUGAGCUCCCAUUGCAAUUGUGACAGAGUGUUAAAUAAAAUGUAUAUUCUUAUUUGA